AUGGAUUCCAUUCAGUACGCUGACGGACGUCAAGAAAAACGCGUCGGGAACUAUACCAAGUUCUGGCAAAAGGAUCUUGGUAAGGAGAGUGAAGUGGACAAUCAAAACCGUGUUCAGAGCUACACCGACGUUGUAAAUGGUUACUACGAUGGGGCAACGGAGUUGUAUGAGUAUGGCUGGGCACAGUCCUUCCACUUCUCGCGAUUCUACAAAGGAGAGGCUUUCGCAGCAUCCUUGGCCCGUCAUGAGCACUAUCUCGCAGCCCAGAUGUCGCUUCGCCCUGGUAUGCGCGUACUGGAUGUUGGGUGCGGCGUCGGUGGUCCCGCACGCGAGAUAGCUCGGUUUGCCGACGUCAACAUCGUUGGCUUGAACAACAAUGAUUUCCAGAUUCAACGUGCUCGGAAGUACACCAAGAGGGCUGGUCUUGAGGACCAAGUCAGUUUCGCCAAGGGUGAUUUUAUGAAGCUGUCGGAACAAUUUGGCGAGAACUCAUUCGAUGCCGUGUACGCCAUUGAAGCCACCAUCCAUGCACCUACGUGGGAAGGAGUGUAUGGGGAAAUAAUGAAGAUUCUGAAGCCCGGAGGAGUGUUCGGCGUCUAUGAGUGGUGCAUGACUGACGCUUGGGAUCCAUCGAUCCCUGCGCACAAGGAACUUGCGCAUGCCAUUGAGUUUGGCAAUGGUAUCCCAGAGAUGCGUCACUUGAAGAAAGCCCGCGAAGCCAUGGUCAACUUUCAUGGUAUUAUCCCACUUGAAGGCGAUAUCUUGAAGGCCCAAACUGCCUGGGAUUACUUUACCGUUUGGCGAAUGAGCUGGAGCGGCAAGCUCGUUUCACACACCGCAAUCAAAUUCAUGGAGAUGCUUAAUCUUCUACCCAAAGGCACUUAUGAUGUUGGCGAGUCCCUCAAGGUUGCUGCUGAUGCGCUUGUGAAAGGUGGCCAGACAAAGCUCUUCACGCCCAUGUACCUCGCAAUUUGCCGCAAACCCACGCUCUCCAAAAGUUAA